CCAUUGGAGGCAUAAAUAUGCUCCUUCUCUCUCCUCCUCUGCUUCUCGGCGUGUUUGUUCUCGGAGACGGCGGCCGAGUAUCAGAUGAUUACGAUACCCCUACAAUGGAGAAAAUGGACGGUAUUAGUCGCGACAAUAUGGAUAAUGGCAUUUACGGGUACUAAUUUCGACUUCCCCUCUUAUUCAACCCAAUUGAAAUCCGUACUGGAAAUCACUCAGGUGGAGCUCAAUUACUUGUCAAUGGCUUCCGAUUUUGGUAAGUUGUUCGGAUGGUGUUCGGGGGUGUUGUUAUUAUAUCUUCCGACAUGGGUUGUCCUGUUCAUGGCUGCUUUCCUUGGUUUGUUUGGUUAUGGUCUUCAAUGGCUUCUGAUUCAGAGACUCGUCUCUUUGCCUUAUCUCACGGUAUUUGUUUUGUGCUUGUUCGCGGGGUGCAGUAUCACAUGGUUCAACACUAUCUCUUUUGUUUUGUGCAUAAAAAACUUCCCCAACAACUGGCCACUCGCAGUAUCCCUCACUGUUAGUUUCAACGGUCUAACCGCAUCUCUAUACAACCUCAUCGUUACAAAAACAACCUCACACAAUACCAACUCCCCCUACCUUAUUCUAAACGCAUUUCUCCCUUUUGUCACAUCCAUUUUAGCACUACUCCCGCUCAUCCAACAAAAAGAACUAAAAAUAGACGAAAAAAAUGACACGUAUACAUUCACAUUUCUAUAUACAAUAGCCGCCCUUACGGGGCUAUAUCUUUUCGUUUUAGAUACUCAAUCACAAAAUAUAUUCGUGGUUGCAAUAUUGUUAUUGCUUCCAUUGGUCUCACCAAAAAUGAUGCAACUAGCUGUCCGAUAUCAUAUAAUUGGAGCAUUUGGUGUUUACCCUGGUGAAGGACCGAGUUACAAUUUAGUUGAAAUUAAUAACUAUAAAGAACUUUAUGAAGAGAGUUUGGAAGUGAAAUCAUGUGGUGAUUCGGCUUUUGGGAAGAUGAUGGAGAAAGAUCGGAUAAUGGUGCUUGGUGAAGAACAUAGUGCUAAGUUAUUGGUGGGUAGAUUCGAUUUUUGGCUUUACUAUGUGGCGUAUUUUUGUGGGGGCACAAUUGGGCUUGUAUAUAGUAAUAAUUUAGGGCAAAUUGCUCAAUCAUAUGGGUAUGUUUAUAAGACGGAAGCACUUGUUAGUAUCUAUUCUACAUGUUCGUUUUUUGGUAGGCUUGUUUCGGCUGUUCCGGACUUUGUUGGUUGCUUUUACCCGUCGGAGACAUAUACAAAAAGCUCUACUACCAGAACCGGGUGGCUCACGCUUUCUCUCGUACCAAUGCCCAUUGCUUUCCUUUUGUUGAUAUUCAUAGGCACCGAGAGUGGUUUGAGUGUAGCCACAGGGUUAAUAGGAGUCUCCUCUGGGUUCAUAUUUUCAGCUGCGGUAUCAAUCACUUCUGAGUUGUUUGGCUCCAAAAGCUCGGGGAUCAAUCAUAACAUCCUCAUAACAAACAUUCCAUUGGGAUCGCUUCUCUAUGGUGUUCUUGGAGGCGUUGUUUAUGACAAAAAUAUAGAAAGCUCGGGAUCAAAUAUAUGCAUGGGUCAAAAAUGCUAUACCGAGACAUUCAUUUGGUGGGGUUGCUUUUGUGUAUUAGGUUUAACUUCAAGUUUCUUGCUUUUCUUGAGAACAAGACUAGCUUAUCGAGAAGAAACUAUAACUCAAAGGAAACAAAUUCUACUUAAUGAUAUCCCAACAUGAUUGAUUAGCAUUAAGAAAGCUUUCUAAUGUUAUUUCCAAUGAUAAAAUUAUAAGAG